AUGAGAAGCCACGUCUUGUUCACUGUUUCAUUGCUGCUCUUAUUCGCGGCCACGACAAGUGGCCAACGAAGGCGCAAACCCCUGGUAACAAAAACGAAAACAUCGAUUAGAACAAUUACUGAAACGACGGUAAAGACGAAAUCAACGUAUUGCGCGUCGUUCAUCACGUCCGAAUCGGAGAUACUCACAACAUGUCGUCGACGUCGGCAGUACUGGAUCGAUGUUCCAGUUUACUUGGCCAUGGACGAACAUUUCGACCAGCACUUAUCGCAAUACUUUAGCCAGCCAUCUGAAACGCUCCCAGUGGAAACGACCAUUCCAGCAGAAGGAUAUCCGUACUCAGGAUCAACGAUGGAUCUGUUCCGUUCUUCGGCUCCCAUCAGUUCGAUGGCGUCUUAUUCCAUCGAGCCAUCGAUACAAGAAAACGAUUUCAAACCGAUUUUCUUUGGUGAACUGGAUAAUUUGGCCAGGCGGAUGUUUGGGAGAAGACGACAGACGACGUACGUCACCGAUACAUUGACGACCACAACAACAAGGACAAGGACAACCACAACGACAGCCACUUUCUUCCUUACAGGAUGUGUGCCCAGUCCGUUUUCCUACAAUUUUUGCCCGUAAUUUGCACGUCACGUU